AUGGCCACCCCCAAUGUUCUUACUUUUGACGCUGAGGGGAGGGCCAUUGACUUUGCCGUCUGGAUUGAAGACCUGCAGCUGUACUUACUGUGUGAUGCGAUAGAUGAGGUCUCUCUCUUUGACUUUGUCUCUGGCGCUGUCCCUGCCCCACCUGCUGAUGCUGACUCUGCCGUUCGCUCCAAGUGGGCGACCCGCGAUGCUGCUGCACGUCUUGCUGUGCGUCGCCACCUCCCUUCCUCUGAGCGUGCCCACUUUAGUCAGUGCAAGACCGCUCAGGCCUUGUACGACGCUGUAGUUGCACGCUACUCCUCCCCUUCCUCCGCUACCCUUAGCCGCCUCAUGCUACCGUUUCUCUUCCCUGACCUCGCUUCCUUUCCCACUGUCGCUGACCUCGUUACCCACCUCCGUGCUAGUGACACCCGCUACCGCGCUGCCCUUCCUGCUGAGUUCCGCGCUGCGAACCCUCCUCCCAUGUACAUCACUCUCUACUUUCUUGUCACCCGUCUCCCUGAGACCCUUCGUGUCGUUAGGGACCAGUUUCUCUCUGGGUGUGGUCCUUCCCCCCUGCUGCCCUCUGUCGCCUCUGCCGCUGCGGCCGAUCUCACUGGUUUUGAGUCGGUCGGCGCGGCGUCUGCCCCCAGCGGCAGACGCCGCUCUGGCAAGGGCAAGGGGGGCAAGGGAGCGGGUGGAGCUAGAGGGGGCGGUGGAGGAGGCGGUGGGGGUGGCGGGGGGAGUGGGGGUGGCGGUGGGGGUGGUGGCGGGAGUGGAGGUACUGGUGGCGGCGGUGGAGGCGGAGGUGGCGGCGGAGGUGGUAGCGGAGGAGGCGGUGGGAGCGGUGGGAGCGACGGUCCUGGUGGGGGAGGUGGCGGUGGAGACGGGGGUGGCGGUGGAGGCGGGGGUGGCGGUGGAGGCGGGGGUCGGAGUGGCUCGUCCCAGCGGAGCAGCUCUGGGGGUGGUCAGCGCCAGCAGCAGCAGCAGCAGCAGCCGCAGCAGCAGCCACAGCAGCAGCAGCGCUCUCGCACCGUCCCCGGCCCACAGCAGCUCCGUGAGUGGUAG